AUGCCAGCACACUACUCCAACUCUGCGUACACCAACGAUCGCUACUCGCAUCACGCUGAACACAACGCCACCAUGCACGCUUACUCCAACCGACAACAGGCUCCCCCCAGGCCCGACUUUGCUCGAUCUCAGACCAUGCCACGAGGUCCGCUUCCCGCCCCACCUCACGGUCCCAUGUAUCCCGCCGACCACUCGUACCCGACCGAGCGUGCCUACCCGGCUCACCACGCUCCUCACCCCACCUACACAAGACAGCAUCACUCGUACUACGACGAACGCGGUCCUCUGCCUCCCCCGCCUCUUCACCACAGACACGCUCCCCACCCCCAAGACGCCCACUAUGGCUACGCCGGCGCUCGUUCUCCUCCUGCCAUCCAUGCCGCCCAGUCCUACGCACCUUACGCGUACGGCUACCACGCCCACUCGCAGCACCCCGGCCACGCAGCACACGCGCGUCAUCUGCACCCUUCGCACCACGCCUCAUCUGCCUCUUCCUCGAUGCACGCCAUGCGCGCUUCCAUCGCCCACCCGAUCUCGAUGCCCACCGGCUCGCAGCAGCAGCCCACCUACCGAGGUCACAUCAAGACCACCAAGGAUGCCAUCCUCCUGCUCGCAGCGUGCGAUCUCGUCGACGAUGCUGGGGCUCCCGGUCUGCCUCCUCCGCGACGUGUCAACCGUCGUCUGCUCGAUUCGGAGCGCGCCGAUCUCAUUUGCUCCGGCAGCAUCUUUGUCUGGGACGAGAAGGAGGCUGGUAUGCGACGAUGGACCGACGGCAAGUGCUGGUCCGCUAGUCGCGUCAGUGGUUGCUUCUUGACCUACCGCGAGCUCGAGGCACGCAAGAAGCCCUCCUCUUCAAUCACCGGCGGUCCCACCUCGAACCUCUACAAGGCCGAUGGUCUCAUCAAGCAGUCGUUUAGCAUGACCACCACCUCGGGUCGCAAGCUGCACGUCAUUUCGUACUACACCAAGCGCGACGUUCGCGAAGGCUUGCUUCGAAGGGUGAGCGAAGACCCGCGCUUUGUUGGCGAGAACGGCGGCGAGUGGGGUCUCGAGAUCGAUGAGGCCGAGUAUCCCGACCCGAUUAGCCGUGCCGGCGACUUGCCCCCUGGCGUCAACCCUGACGACUUUGACGAGGGCUCUGCAUCGCCUCCCAGCCCUGCUCACAGGGAACCUGUGGACCUGCGCGCAUCGCACGGUGAGCCCAGCGUUCAUUCGCGAGAGAAUAGCUUCCACGCUCGCAAGAUGUCGCCCAGUCCAAGGGCAUACGCCGACGAGCGGGCUGCUAUGGAUCGUGGUCGCAUCUCACCCGGCUCGAGGGAUCCGCACCAUCUCUCACCACGCGAGUCGAGCUCGAGGCGUGGGCCUGACAGCCACAUGUCGCCUUACAGCGCCAUCAAGACCGAGACCGCCGAUCGCCUGCCCUACGCUGCCGAGGUGACGCCGCUGCACGAAGCACGCGGCCUGUUGCCCAUCCGACCCAUCCCCGUCGACUCCAAGUACGCAGAGCUCGCGGUUCGUCGCAACAGCAAAGACGCUACGCUUGAAGCGCCUGGCAGCGCCGGUCUGUUGUACAGUCGCAAACGAUCGUAUCAAGACUUCCGUGGCGCACCCUCGUUCGAAGACGACACGAAACCCGUCCGUCCACGCCUGCAGCGCAUGCGCAGUUCAAGCAUGAGCGACCCUCACUCGUCCGCACAGGACAUGCUCGCGCCCAUUCGCCCGCUCGGUCGUGUGAGCUCGGACGACGAGGGCGUCUCCAAGCUCCGUUCCACCCACAGCGGUCCCCUGGGCUUCAAAGAGCAGCACGACUCGGCGGUCGGCGCGCUGCUCAGCCUUCGCAGCGGCAGCGGCUCCAGCGACGACUCGUUGCCUUCGAAUACAACUCCGCCCACCUCGGCUCCUAGCAACAGCCCCGAAGACGAGCUGGUCAAGCCGGCUUUCUCACGGAUGGACAGGGCGGCGCUCGACAGGUUCAGCGUCCGCAUCUGA